AUGUUAAGUAGUUCACAUGAACCAGGUCCGGGAUCAGACUUUAACCCGUUCAUCCCAAGAAACCAAGAACUCAGACCAGUUCAAGAGACCAGUUCGUGGACCGGGUUCAUGUCAAAAAAUAUACUAUGUGGUAUGGAAGCAAUUGAAGUAUUGUCAUCAGAUUGA